AUGCCGGCCUUUCAGUCCAAAACUUUCCGGCGCACGCCCACGGCGUCAUCCUCGUUAGGAGAGCGACUGGGCGCCGUCUACAGAUCGAAACUGACCCGGCACCCGUUUCUUCUCUUUGGGCUCCCGUUUAUCUCGGUGAUUCUCGCGGCGUCGUUUGUUCUGACGCCGGCCACAGCCCUGCGGUACGAGCGCUAUGAUCGCAAAGUGCACCAGCUCAACAAGGACGAGGAAAUGGAGCUGGGGCUCAAAGGACCGGAUGGCGACGAGGGAAUCAAGCGAAACCCACGACGGCGCGUUGUUGGCAGCGAAAGGGACGAAUACUACCGGCUUAUGGCCAAGGAUCUAGACCACUGGGAGCAGAAGCGUGUGCAGCGAUUCAAGGGCGAGCCUGACGGGCGGUUCUAG